AUUUGUAUAAUAAAUUUAACUUGAGUUUGAACUGCAAUGUACGAUUUCGGAAAGGAUAACGAAGCCAAACUAUCGACACAGAUACAAGAGAAGUACCUCUCUAAGAAAUAUAAGAGCAGUCAGAACUUCUUAAAGAUGCAAUCUCUAGGACGUCCUUUAACAGGAGCAUCGAGGAGUAAGGGGCGUAAGAAAAGACCAAAAGAUAGAGUUAAUAGUGAUAUUUUUAAUCAAUUGGAAGCUCCUAAUAUUGAUAACUUAUUCCCUAAAAGUAGCGAGAAGCGGACAUCUAAAAUCUCGUUUACAAAGAGCAGGAUACAGGUUUCCAAACCUGAUUCGACACUUGGUCAUUCUGAAAUUGCUCAGUCCCAUCAAUAUGAAACCGAGCAAGACGAAGAUUUUAAAAGGAACUCUAGUGUGGACAAUAAGAGAAGUACGGUUAGUGGAUCAUUAGGUCAUACAUAUGGGCUUGACCCAUUCAAGAAUGCCAUGAGGAAAUCAAAGAAAAUGUAUAAAGACCCACCUUCUAUUAUUAACUCAAAGAUCAUUGAGCAUUGGAUGAACGAAACCUUAGGAGAUGCAGAGCAUCUCAACAUCCCUGGCGUUUUGAUGAAACCAGAGAAUAAAGUUCCUGUAGCUCGGUACAACAUCGAUAGAAUGACUCUUAUGAAAGGAGGUAUUCCUAACGAGUCUGUCAACAGGAUCUACAGAUCUCUCUUUGUAUACUCAGUUGGAUUCUAUGACCUCAUUGUCAGAUGUAUGGAGCAUUCUAGUCACAACCACUCCUUAGUCUCCUCAAUUUGGAAGGUAUUUGCAAUCCUCAUAGAAUACUGUUGCAAAACUGAUUACACAAUGCUAAUCUCUAGACUAGCUGUUGAGCAUAAAAAUGAGUUGGACAAAGCCAAUGCAAACUUUGCAGAAAAAUGUGACAAAUUUGCUGAACUAGAGGAAGUCCUUCGGCAGAACAUCACUGACCUAGAAAAUGACACAAAAACUUACAAAGAAAAGGUUCAAAAUUAUGAAGAGAAACAUCAGAAUUUACUAGAGAUUGUUGAGGAAAAUAUUGAGAAUCGUGAAAAAGAAGUCAAACUUAGAGUCCAAUUUGAGGAUAAGAUCAAUAACAUGCAUGCACUGAAUAGAGAGACUGAGACACAAUACCAACGUGCAGUUGGAGAUAUCGAAUUUUUAGAGAAACAUAACGUUCAAUUAAGGGAAAUCAAUAAAAACCUAUCAAGUCAGGUAAAAGAGCUCAAGAGUAUCAAGGAAGAUCAAGAAUCAACGAUUAAAUAUGACAAAGGGAGGAUCAAAAGUCUCACCCACGAAAACGAUAUUGGCAAGAGGAAUAACAUGGAGUUAGAGGAUAAAAUAGCCAUAUCUCAAGAGAAACUCAAUGAGUGAUUCUCAACUCUUUGUGCUAAGGAAAAUGAGAUGGAAAAGCUCAAACUUAGUAUUGAUAAGUACGCAAGUAUCGAGAAGGGUCUCAUUAAGGAGAGAGAUUACUAUAAGCUCAACCAUGAUAGAAUGGAGGAGAGGAAUAGCUCUUUAGAUGAGCGGCUUAAAACACUCAAGCAGGAAUUUGACAACUUGAAACAAGAAAACAUCGAUAAAGAAAAGAAGAUUAUCGAGCAAAACCAAAAACUGCUCUCAUACGAGGAAAAUUUUAAGAGACAACUAGAAAAGAUUGAGAGGCUUGAUAAAGAAAUUGACGUUCUUGACCAAGAAAAUCAAACUUUAUCUGAAAACAAUAGGACAUACAAGCAGCUUAAUGAGGAACAAAAGAAAGAACUAGACGAAGCUACUUCUAAUAUGAAGAAGGUCAACGAUGAACGGAACCACUCAAAUGAACUUCUAGAAUCAGCUAAUUCCAAAAUUGCGACUUUCAUCCAACAGAUCCAUGCAAAAGAAGAAAUGAUCGCAGUGCUUGAGAGAGAAAAGGAGAAGCUCCGGACCAAACUCGAUCAAGCUGAGAGGCUCCAUGAUGUUCUUGAGAAGAAGAAAGAUAAUGCUGAGAGAAUUUUGGAGAUCGAGAGGAUGGACCUCAACGACCAGAUUAAAAUCCAUUCCACUCAAAUAGAGUCAGAGAUUGAAGCCAGAGAGAAAUGGAUUGAAAGGUAUGAGACUGAGUACAAGGCUCAUCUUAAAACAACCUCUGAAGUCAUGAAGCUACGUACAAACGUCAAGGAGCUAAAGCAUCAAAAUAACUACAAGAAGACUGAACUUGAGCGGUUGACUGACGAAAAUAACAAGCUGAAAGAUGAUUUCGAGGAGAAGAGAUUCCAUUAUUCUUCAACUUUAAAGAAAUUAGAGGAGACUAAGAGACAGCUGGAGACAACCCAAGGCCUUCUCAAGCUCAUAGAAAAGCAGCAUGAAGAAUACGUCACCAGACUCAGAGUUGAGAACAUGAAUCUAAAGGAGAACCAGAAAGUCAAGAUUAAUAUACUUGAAAUGGGCAAUGAAGACCUAAGGUCUACUCUUGCUGAGAACGAAUACAGAUAUAAGGAAAUGAACCACCAAGCCGAAAGAGAUCGAGUUCAACUCCGUAUCACGGAGACUAGUCUUAGAGAAAUGACCAAGGAGAGGGAUAAUUUCAAGGAAAGGUUUAUGCAAACAUAUGAUCAAAUGACUAAAUUAGAGGAAAAGCUAAUCCAGGCUCAGAACGAGUAUGAUGAACUUCUUCUUAAGAAGAAUAAAAUCCAACAAAUGAAUGACAGAAUCUCGAUGAAGAAUGAAGAUUAUAGGAGCUUUUUCUUUAAUUAUGAGAGCAAAUUCAAGAAGUUAUCAAAUUGGGAAAAGGAGAUCAUUGAAAAGGAGAAGGAAGUUCGAGCUAUAAAGAAGAGAGAAAACCCGUACGAAUACGUUGAUUUCUCAGAUAAAUUCGUUCAGACUUGCAACCCGAUUAGAAGUAAAGGAAUCAAUACAGAUCCUAUCAAAUUUGAAGAUCCAGUUGCUAAAGAGAAGGUUAAGUAUAGACCCUCUCUGGUAGACUCUGUAACAACUGCUUUGGGAGGAAUUGCUGUCCAAACAGAUACAAUGAGUGAUGCAGAGAUAGUUACUCCAACUGAUUAUUUGAGAUCAAUGAGACCUCGAAAUCCUAUAAAUUUCAAGAAUAGACCUCAAUCUUCUCAGAUUACUGGCACAACAUACUCUUAUAACAUCAGGAAUGGAAUUAUCGAAGAGGAAGAUGAUCCUUUAGGAAUGACUGGAAUAUCAAAUGCUAGCAAGGAUAUGUUCAGAACCACAUCAACAAUGCAGCUAAAUAACUUCCAAUCUCCUGGAAGCAUCAGACCAACUGCUUUGCAAAGACAUCAUCAGGCUUACAAAGUAAGCAAGAGCAAGGGUAGAGAAAAGAAAUUCUCAAAUAUCCUGAAAAAUCGUGCUAAGACUGCUAUGUCUAUUAACAAAAGAGAGCGAAGAAAUAUAAAAACUAAUAAUUUCACAAAUAUUUAUACAAAGACUGAAGAGAAGGUGAGGCCAACGACAGAGCAAGGCGUUAGGAAAGGUACGAAUCACUCUGCUACGCAAUCAAGAUCUGCUUCUCAUGGUCCUUGACUGUCUAAAGCAGGCACACAGGUAUCUACCACACAUAAGACUCAUAUGAGCAAGAAGUACAAGACCUCUUUGAGGAAUUUGAUCAAGGCUGCUUCGACCAGAAAUCAAUAAUUCUUCAAUGUAACUUGAAAAGAAU